AUGCUUUGCCGGGAGGCUCCGCCGGAAAUCCUGGAGGCGUGCGCGCUGGACAACGAGCCCACGCCGUUCCUGGAACAGUUCUUCGAAGCGGGAGUUCGCGCCCACGCUCGCAUGGAGCACGGACGCGAACUCCCCCAAAUGUAUGUCAACAACGCCAUACUGGUGCUCUGGCUGCGGUCGUGCCGCCUUUACACCAACGGCCUUCUCGGCGUCUCUGACCCCGACCUGGAUAAGCGGUUCUUUUCCGGCGCCGAGGCCACGCCAAGCUGA